AUGUGGAAAGUGGGCUUGGAACAGGAAUUGCAAGGGAGAGCUGGGUUUAUCCUAGGACUUCUUCAAUCACUUAUGACUGAUGCAUUUGAUGGUAAAGGAUUUCAGAAAAUCGAAGAAUACUUUCAACAGAAAGAGAGCCAUUAUCCUCAAAAAUACAGUCAUCUUCUACUACACCAACUUGGUAGAGCCAUAAAUAAGGAACUGGAUCAAAAUGCGUUUGGGCAUGUUUCCCUGCUGCUGAAAUGCAUUCAGCGGUUCUUCAUAGACAACCCCAAAGAAGAUGAGCCUUUGCUAAUUCAGCAGGGUCUGAUCCCAAAGAUAAUUUCCUGGUUCGAAAGAAUAACAGGAUUUCUGAUCAUGGAAGACCUAGCCUCGGAUGCAUCGCUCAUCAGUGCCGUAGGAGACUUCCUUGACACUGCUGUGGUUAUUUCCAGGAGGAGUAGUCAAGGGAAAAUUCAGAUGUUGGAUUCCUUCAUACUCAGCUUAGGAUUCCUGGUGACAGAAAAGACUAUAAGUCAUUUGAUUCAACAGGAGGCUGUGAGGACUUUGAACUUCAUUUUGCAAGCUGCACCUCGGGAAGAGAGGAGAAAACUCCCAUUGUCAGAAAGCGUGUGUCGUCUCAUGAAAGACUUUGCAAGGACCAUCUUAACUGUGGGUGAUUAUGACCAGCAGGUUUCAAUCUCUGAAACCUUGUGUAGGCUGACAACUAAAACAGCAAGGCAGGAACUUGUCCAUCAGUGGUUUGAGGAUGCCACCAUUGCUGAAGCUUUCAAAGAAAUUAAGGAUCGAGAAUUCGAGACGGAUAGUCGCCGCUUUCUCAAUCACCUAAAUGACAGACUUGGUGACCAAAGAAGGGUAUAUUCAUUUCCAUGUAUUGCUGCUUUCGCUGAUGGACAUGAGAUGAGAAAACCAGCAGAUGAAAAACUAGAGAAAUUUUGGAUUGAUUUCAACCUAGGAAGUCAGAGCAUCACUUUUUAUAUAGACAACCCUGAGAGUGCUCUGUGGGAUCCAGUAAGACUGUGGAAGGAAACAGUGGUGAAUUUCAGCAUGAUAGAAACCGAGAGGAUGACUAUGUUCCUCAUUUGCCUGAAGCAGCCUCUUGUUAUCAGCAAGAAAGAGGUGAGGAGAAUAGAAAUCCACUUUGACUUACAGCUCACCAUAUCACAAGCUGCCAUUCAAGCCUUAGGAGAAGACAAACAGGUGUUGCCAGACCAGAUGAAAACCUCCCAGGAACUUCCUUCUAAAUUUGAGAAAGAAGACACUGGGGUUCUUAGUAGCCACGAUGGAGAGGCAGAGCAGGCGGAAGAAUCCACCAACGAGGUGAAAGGCAUGAGUGAAGAUGACCGUUGCCUGAUAACGCUCCCCAUUAAUGACAAUUCCCAGCUGCCUCCAACAGAAACUACUGAUCAUUCACCUGAGAGAGAGAAGCUGGACCAGGCACAGGAUGAAGUUACUUCAGGGCCUGAGUAUUCUUCAGAUUUGCAAGAAUCGCCAGUUAAAAAUCAGACUCCUGAAGCAAGUGACAAAACGAGAAGACUGUCCAGUUACAGGAAGCAUCUGUUUUCUGAGAGUAACGAAGAGUCAAGCAGUAGUGCCAGUGAUCGAUCUUGGACCAGUAACCAAAAGAAGAAGUCCCUCAUACCGUAUCCUAGCAGAAGACAAAAAACCAGAGUCAGAAGCAGUGGAAGAAGUACUAUAUUUUUGGCUAAACGUCUGAUUCCAUUACAGAAGGACACAUCCAGGCAGAAGAAUGCUGCACCAGAAGAAAUUCCUGAAACAAAAUUGCAGGGGAGUUCUGCCACCGUAAUUCCUGAAGAUUCUGCCCAGAGAACAGAAAGUCGAAGUCCCCAGCUGCUGAGUGGGUUUUCUUCUUUAGAAAACUCAGAAACUGAAGACAAAAUAUCUAAGAUUGGGAACCAAGAGUCAACAAUGGAAAAUACUAGCUUCAAACAUAAGCUGCAAAACUUGGAAGACAGAGACUUACCACAUGGGAGCUUUGUGAAGUCGAAACAAUCAAGAUUAGAAGAUGAGGCUCCCGGAUCCAGCACAGUGGCAGGUAACAUCCUGCACCCGGCCGGAGAAGGCAUUUCUACCCCUGCUCAGGAGGCUGUGCCGGAGAACUCAAGUGGUUCUGCCAUUAUCACAACCUUUGAGAACUUCUCUAGGCGACUGAAGAGAAAAUACGAGCUUCAGUACAGGAAGAGUCCACUUCAUUCAGAAAAGGCAAAGAGAGCACCGGAUUGCCUGACACAGCUUUUAGACCAGAUACACCUGUGCAGACUCAACAAACUGGACCAGUUUCACAAUGUUGUUCUCCAAGAGCUGAGCAAUCUGGAGAAAGACAUGCAGGCCCUGAGCGAGCUUGAGAAGAAUGUUCUGGAGUUUUGGGGGAAGCAGUCUGCUGAUCUGAAAUCAUUCUGUGACCUCCAAGUGCUGAGGUUCGAAGCCCAUGGAAACCUCCCGAUGACAGGUAAGGCUGUGGGCCUCAUUGAAGAACAAUGA